AUGUCAGAAGCUAGAAAAUUGAUACAAAUUGGAAAAAAGGAAUUGCUAGCAUGGGGAAGCAGUUUAUUGGGUGAAGAACUAAACUGGAAAAGUUUUUCAGACGGAACUGUCAUUUUAAAGCUUUGUUUCAUUGUUUGGCCUAGCUUAAAAAAUACAAAAACCGAGAUCGAUGCCUUAUCUGAUUCAUGGAGAAAGAUUGAAACCAUUUUUAGAACUUUGAAUAUUGAUUAUUCUAAGUUAAUAGAUGAAGAAGGAAUCAAAAAUGAUAAGCUCUGCUCUGCAUAUAAUUCUGUUAUCAUUUUCUUCUUUCUCUAUCAUUGUGCUUUCAAAAAUGAAUCUUCUUUUGAGUUUAUUCCCCCACCAUCAAAAUAUGUUGCAGAAUUCUUAAUGGGUGAUUCCUCAGUAAAGACUUUGAUUGUUGGUGGAAGUCUUCAACUAUCUCCUAAGACCCAAAUUAGACUUUUUGAAAAUGAUUCCAAGGCUCUAAAUAAGCCCCCAGAGCCUCAGACCGAGGGUGUGAGAUGUUUUAAAGGAGAUGAAGGAGUGUAUUAUGAUCGAAUUCAAAGAUUUAAUGAAAUUAUUGAAAUGGACGAAAGAACCGUAAAGCUUGUUCGAAGUCUUGACAGUUUUUUUGAGGGUCUAAAUGAAAAGUUGUCCGAAAUUAACAAAAUUGAUCUCCCUGAUGGAAUUGAGAAUUUUACUACCAAAGUAAGGCAUUCCUUGGAAUAUUGUGUGAGACAAAUGGUAAGAACUAAGGAAGAACAAGCAAUUGAAAGAGCAAACUUUGAAAAUAAAAUUAAGAUUAUAGAAGAAGAUUGUGAAAAGAAAAUAGAACAGCUUAAACUUAGUUAUGAAGAAAAAAUACGUGAGAUAGAAAAUGAAGGAAAACAAAAGAUUAUUCAAGAGAAAAAAGCCUCACAAGUUAUGCUAAGAACUAUGCAAAACAAUCAGACUUUAAAUUUACAAAUGUCUGAUACAAUAUAUAAAGAUUAUCAAGCUGGUGAUACUUCUCUCGAGGAACUUUCUACGAAGAUUAAAAGUGAAACACUUGAACAACUCAAACAUCUACAAGAAAUUGUUAAUGAAGAAAACAAAAAAAGAGAUGAAAUUGAAAAAACUUUAAAUGAUGAAAUCUCCUCCUACCAGAAAGAAAAUAAGAAAUUGAGGUACAUUAUAUAUAGGUAUGUUGUUGAUGUAUCAUCAUCUACACCCCAAUUUGAAAGAGUCAGAGAAAUUAAUGAUCAGUUUGUUAAAAUAUAUACACUAGCAGAAAAUUGGUGGAAAAGAAUUACUGAUUCUUGUGAAAAUGUAAUCUCAGAAAGAUCUGAUUUGAAUUACAAAAUGGAAAGAAUGAGAAUAGAUGAGAUAUUGGGGUAUCUUAAACAUAUUUUGGAUAAGUAUCAAGAGUAUCCCAAAGGACUAAACAAGGUUGGAUUAAAUCAGCCAUCAAACAAAAGUUCUAACUUUGAAUUUGAGGUUUUGGUACAAAAUAACCACCUUGUAAACGAUUGCUUGAAAAUUGUUUGUGAUCUUGUAAGUGAGUCCUUGUUAAAAAGUAACAGAAUUGAUCAACUCAAAGAUAUCAUUUUAAAUAAUAAAAAUCAUAAAACUGAUAAUCACCUUCUUCAAUCCUAUAAUGAUGAAAACCAGUGUCAUUGUAAUAGUAAUGAUCUUUUUGGGAGUGUAUAUGGUAAAAUUGUUUGUAACGAUGAAAAAAAACAUCUCAAAGAAAAAGUUCAACAUCUUAAUCAUGAAAAGCUUUUACUACAAAGAGGAAUCGAGUUUCUCAAAAAAAAACUUUACACUCUAAAAAACAAACAAUUAAUUGUUUCUUCUGAAAACUACGAAAGUAAUCUGGAUCUAAUGGCAAGUAUUGACAAACCUCUUGGUGAGACAGAAAUUAAUUCUCAAGAAAUUAUUCAUGUCUCAGAUCUUUGGGAUAUAUCUAAUUAUCUUAAAGAAGAUGGAAUUAAUGAUCUAAAAAUAAUGAGUGAAUUUCUUGUUAUUAUGAAUCGUUGGAAAAAACUUGUCAAAUAUCCUUUCAAUGAUGAUGAGACAUUAGAAUUCAAAUCUCAAAAUAACUUUGGACAAGAUUAUAAGACUCAUCUCUCAAAAACAGGAGUUUCUGUCAAACAAUUUAAUCUUCUUCCAUUUAUUACAACUUCUAACAAACUAAUAGAAAUUGCUUUGGAAAAUGACUUCUCUCAGACUGAGUUCUUUGAACAAGUUAAGAAGUUGGAAUCUCAAGAAUUUGAUUUGGAGGGUGAUUUUGAAAAGGAGGUAGAAAUGAUCUCAAAAAUAACAUUUAAUAAUCAAAAUUUAAAUCGAGAAAGUGCAAGAGAUGAGGCUCAGACUUUCCCAUCAUCAUUAAUAAAAAUUGAAACCAUGUUUUGGAAGUUAGUAACAUGUUUACACAUAUUAAGAGAAGAGUACAAACUCUUAAAAACUCAUAAAAUAGACUUGGAAAAUAAGUUAGAAACUGUAUUAACAGUGAUGGAAGAUGAAAAAAGGAACUAUGAGGAAACUAUUAAUUUCCAACAAGAAAAAUAUAUCCAAGCUCUAAAAAGUGAAAAAAGUGAUCAUCAAAUCAAAAUAGGAAAAUUAAGAGCUCAGUUAACAUCAAUUAAAGUUGAAAAACACGCUUUAGUCAAUAAGCCUGGAAAGUCCACAGUAAGUAUAGAAAGUAUGGAAAAGUUAAAAGGAAUAAAAAAGAUUGUGGAAACACUAAGUACAGCAUUGGAAGUUUCUAAUACAUUUAGAUUUAUAUAUCAGGUUUCAGAUGAGUUAUGGAAUAGUCUUUUUGAAAUAUUAAAAAACGAAAUAGAUGAUCUUCAAGUUAAGGAAAAAAUUAAUGAGAUUUCUGAUCAAUUAAAGGGAUUAAGACAAUAUGUAAAAGAAUACAGUGAAUCUCAGACAAAGAAAAUUCAACAAGGUAAUAGUGAAAAUAAUGAAAAUAAUGAAAAUGAAGAUAUCUCAGAGUACGUCUCAAGUAAGUUAAUGGAAAUAGGAGAUAAUUCAGGUUUGGGAUUGAAUAUUUACCAAAAAAUAGGAUCCUUCUUAAAAGAUUUGGCUAUUAAAAAUAAUAUUCCUCUUGAUUGGUUACAGUUUGUUGAAAUGAUUGUAUCUGCUCGGACAAUUGAAUUAAACAACGAGAUGGAUCUAUUAAAACAACAGAUUUCUGAUCAAGAGCAAGUUAUAUCUAAUUUAAAACAAGAAUAUGCAGAAAUUAGUCAUUUAAAUACAGAAAAUCAAUCUGAAAUUGAAAUUAUUAAUUUAGAGAGGAGAAGUUUGCGAGAAAAAUUAGAGAUCACAGAUCAUGAAUUGGGGAUAUAUAAAUCUAAUAAUGAGUUACUUAAAGAAAAAUUUAAAGAAGCUGAUAUCUAUUAUACUAAUCAACUUUUGUACUGUAACAAGAGGUUAAAUUGUUUGGAAAAGAUUUGUCUUUUAAGUAUGGAUUAUGGGAUAAAAAUUCACUACUUUCGUGAUUUUUAUGAUUCUAAGAUGACAAAUUCUGAAUGA